AUGGCAAAGAAAACGGUGCCGGAUAAAACGCCGCAAAACGAAGACGCUGUUAAGAAUAACGAAGACACGAUGAACGAUGAUGAGGAGCCAAACUUUAGCGAUCCUGAAGGUUUCGUUGACGACAUCACCGACGAAGAACUUCUUGGUGAUUUACUCAAGCAAAAGCCUUCUGAGACGGAUGGUGUAGAAGCAGUUAUUGUGAUUGAUCGAGUACCUCAGGUUGAACCUGCGCGUCUUGAGAAACUGCAAACUGUUCUCCAUAAACUGUUUAGUCCAUUCGGUACUAUUGUGAAUGAAUACUAUCCCAAGGACGAGAAUGGUGUUACUAAAGGAUAUGUCUUUUUGGAGUAUAACAAUCCUUUAAAUGCACUGGCUGCAGUGAAGUCAAUGAAUAACUACAAGAUUGACAAAAUGCACACGUUUAAAUUGAACCUUUUCACUGACUUCAAGAAGUUUGAAGACAUUCCUAAGGAUUGGGAGCCACCUAAGCCACAGCCGUACAAAGCUGCUGGUGAUUUACAUUAUUAUCUUUUGGAUCCUGAUGCAUACGACCAGUUCUGUGUACUUUGUGGUAACGGGUCAGCAGUUAAUGUUCAGAUAUGGCAAAACUCAGCUCCAGAACCUAAUAUGAUUGAAGAACGUCCUCGAUGGACUGAGACAUAUGUUAAGUGGUCUCCAUUGGGUACUUAUCUGGCGACUUUCCACAAGCUUGGUGUUGCACUUUGGGGUGGUCCGCAAUUCUCUCAGCAGGCGAGGUUUGGCCAGAGGGGAGUAGAAUGCAUUGACUUCUCACCCUGCGAACGCUACUUAGUGACGUUCACACCUCGUUCAGAUGGCAGUUCUGAUCAAAAGCGUCUCGUCAUCUGGGAUAUUCUUACUGGACAAGAGAAACGCUCUUUUUCCACUGAUGGAUCUUCGGUGUGGCCAAUUUUUCGCUGGUCUCAUGAUGACAAGUACCUAGCCCGUAUGACGAAUGACGGUCUCAGCGUAUACGAGACACCUUCAUUUGGUCUGCUCGAUAAGAAACAUAUUAAGAUUCCUGGAAUUAGAGACUUCAGCUGGUCUCCAACAGACAAUAUUCUUGCUUAUUGGGUGCCGGAAGAUAAAGAUGUCCCUGCUAGAGUUACUCUUCUCGAGAUUCCCAAUCGUAACGAGAUCCGUAACAAAAACUUAUUCAACGUGGCGGAUUGCAAGAUCUAUUGGCAGAAAUCUGGCGAUUAUCUGUGCGUUAAGGUCGAUCGUUUCGCCAAGAGAAAAGAGAAGACCGAGCAGAAAUAUACAGGAAUGUCAUAUAAUUUCGAAAUCUUCCACAUGCGAGAGAAACAAAUUCCAGUAGACAGUGUGGAGAUUAAGGAACCAAUUCACGCAUUCGCCUGGGAACCAAUAGGCAAUAAAUUCGCCAUUAUCCACGGAGAAGUCCCCAGCGUCAAUGUGAGCUUCUACGAGGUUCGAUUUGGACAUCAGCCAGGGCUCUUAAAGAAACUGGAAAAGAAGGCAUGCAACCACCUGUUCUGGUCGCCAUCCGGACAGUUCAUCGUCCUUGCAGGAUUAACUAUCAUGGCUGGAGCUCUCGAAUUCAUCGACACUAAUGACUUCACGAUCAUGAACACGACAGAUCAUUAUCAAACUUCUGAUGUCGAAUGGGAUCCUACUGGACGUUACGUAGUAACAGCUGUAUCCAGCUGGAAGACCAGUGUAGACAAUGGAUACUGGAUCUGGACGUUCCAAGGUCGUAUAUUAAAGCGAGUAAAUCUGAACGCUUUCAAUCAACUUCUCUGGCGACCCAGACCACCCAGUCUAUUGUCUGCCGAACAAAUAAAGGAGAUCAAGAAGAACUUGAAGAAGUACUCGGCCCAAUUUGAAAGCAAAGAUCGCAUGCGCCUCACUCGGGCUUCCAAGGAACUAAUUGAGAAGCGUUGCGCCCUUAUGAAGGCAUUCGAGGAAUAUCGUUCGAAGCGUAUUGAGGAGUGGAACAGUCAGAAGAAGCGUCGUCUGGAGUUGCGUUGCAAUAUCGACACCGACGAGUUGGACUCUGAUACGAAGAACGUGGAGGAAGAGGUUGUAGAAUUUUUCGUCAAGGAAGAAACAUUCAUUAUCGAUUAAUUACGUAUCGGUGACCAUACUUCCUUGCCUGCCGGGAUUGGAAACCUUUAGUGCGAUACCGGUGGGCUCUGCUCCUUCUGUGUGCAUAAUGACUGUCCCAUACGAUCAUGGACAUCUUCUGCGUUAUUUUUGUGUCGUCAUCGAGAUCAUCUCCGUAGUUGCAACGUUUCGUUUGAAACGUGGCGAUCGAAGCGCCAUCAAAUUCUAUCAUAUUCCGUACAGAAUACAUCAACAGAAUAAUCACUCCGACAAUAUUGUCGCGCAGAAUUUCUUUUUUUAUUUAUCAGACCUCUUUCAGAAUAAAAUACCAUCCACUCGAGAA